CAGGAAUUGCAAUUGCAGAUAUCACCAAAGGUUCAAAAAGUUUACAAUUGACAAACUUUAUAAAUAAAACUACAGAUAACUUUGCACCUUUACCCACAUCCAUAUCAUCUAUAUCUCAGUCAUCUUCACUCAAUACAGAUACAAUA